GCCACCAUUAUCUCAGGAACUGAAAUGGCCAGACAAAUCUGUGAAGAAAUACGACAUGAGGUAGAAUCAUGGGUGUCUCUUGGGAACAGAAAACCUCACCUCAGUAUCAUUUUAGUAGGAGACAACCAAGCAAGCCAUACAUAUGUAAGAAAUAAGAUAAAAGCUGCCACAGCAGUAGGCAUUGGUAGUGAGGUUAUUCUGAAACCUAAAGAUGUUUCUCAGGAAGAACUUUUGGACAUAACUGAACAACUGAACAUGGACUCAAGAGUUAGUGGUAUAUUAGUUCAACUACCUUUGCCAGACCACAUAGAUGAACGGACGGUAUGUAAUGGAAUUGCCCCUGGAAAAGAUGUAGAUGGAUUUCAUAUUGUUAAUGUUGGACGAUUGUGUCUUGAUCAGCAUUCUCUGGUACCAGCCACUGCCUGUGCUGUUUGGGAGAUAAUAAAAAGAACAGGAAUUAAAACAUUUGGGAAAAAUGUGGUUGUGGUUGGAAGAUCCAAGAAUGUAGGAAUGCCCAUUACAAUGCUUUUACACACUGAUGGAGAGCAUGAGAGACCUGGAGGUGAUGCAACAGUGACAAUAACUCAUAGGUAUACUCCAGAAGAGCAACUGAAGAUUCACACACAAUUGGCUGAUAUUAUCAUAGUUGCUGCAGGCAUUCCAAAGAUGAUUACCUCUGACAUGGUAAAAGAAGGUGCUGCUGUUAUUGAUGUAGGAAUCAACCAUAUCCGUGACCCUAUAACAGGAAGGACAAAAUUAGUAGGUGAUGUGGACUUUGAAGAAGUUAAGAAGAAAGCUAAGUUUAUCACUCCAGUGCCAGGCGGUGUGGGGCCUAUGACUGUGGCAAUGCUUCUGAGGAAUACCCUUCUGGCAGCCAAGAAGAUAAUUUACUAGAUAACUCUUGAUACAUGGAACUAAAA